CGGUAAAGCCAAAUCCCAAUUCAGAAAGGACACGAAGUGCUAUAAAUAUAACAACAACCAGGGCAUUACACACAUCAGUCUCUGUUUGUUAGCAAUUUUUGGCAUUGAGGUGGAUUCUUAAAGCAGAAAUCAGAAACGAGAUGUAUGGUUCAAAAAAUAGUGCAGAAUCUUGUAACAGUAGCAAGAAGAAGGUAACAGUUGAUCAGAAUAAAAUACGAUGGCUUAAAGAAAAAAGAGAUUAUUCCUUUCUGUCAUCCGAUGACCCGGCACCAGUGCCAGUUCUACCGAAACCGAAGGAGAUGGCUACUGAUCCUGCAUUGAAAGCAAAUCCCCAGUCGGCAUCAAUGGCGGGUUCAAGAAAGCAACUCAAUAACGGCAGAAAGAUUAUGCCUUUGAGAAAUAAUACUAAUAUGGAGAACAAGAAUACCAUCAAACCAGGUUUGAAGAAACACAGAGUACAAGAAACUAAAAUCAUGCCAAAACUGUCUCUGGUAGCUGGUCAGCUAAAGAGGCCAGGAAUAAAGCAACACCCAUCACAUGUAGUACAAAGGAAGAAAAGGCCUGCUACUGAGAAUGAUUAUGACUAUGACCAUGAGGCUGAAAAAGCUCUCAGCAUAAUAAGAAAAAUGUAUAAUACCCAAAGGUUUAUCGGUCGUGAUGAUUCUGAUUGUGUGAACAUGGAAUCCAGCCCCAAGCAAAUUGAAAAGGAAGAGAAACAAAGUGCAAGGAUUGCAAGGAAGGAAGAUAGACAGCAACUCCGACUGAUACAAGAAGAGGAAAAGGGAAUGAGAAAGAAAGCAAAGAGGGUUUAAUCUUGAUUGAGCAGUUAGUUCCUUAUACAUGUUAGCUAAAACUUUUAGAUUACAUGGUAACAUGUCUGAUGCUUUUUUGAAUUUUCAAGUUAUCUGGUUUAAAAACCCAAGAAACUUCCCGUUUUGUUGAUUAAGUUAGACUGUAGACGAACAGUAACUUUUGCCUAAAAUUACGUCAACUAUAUAAAA